AUGACAAAGAGAAAAAAUACUGAGCAACGAUCCCAAGCACAUAUGCGUGGGACUUUUCUUUUCAUGCGCAUGCAAAAAGCACCCGUCGGCAGCGCCCAUGAGGAAAAACAAAGCGAUAGCAAAGAUCCGCAUGAAGAACCAGGAACGAGAAGCCAAGGUCCAGCCGCAGAAGCAAAAGAAGCCGCAGAAAUCGCCACUGAAAGCCGUCGUGAGGAAAAUCUCUCGAGGUGCGCAGCUGUUCAACAUGGAUGCGAACAACAGUGCAAUGGCAGAAGACUGAGAAAACGAAGAAAGCGGAGGCCAGUGGGGGCUUUCUUAAGUGCAGCGCCAGCAGACCAUGAUUCUCCUCCUGAGGCUCCUACCGAAUUGGAAUCACCAUCUUUGGCGGCGUCAGCGGAGGCUCCAGGGCAGUCUGAGCCAUCGCAGGGUGCCAUGGCAGUGACGAGUUGUCUGUCGAUGGAGCGUUCGGCGUUCGACCCAGAAACGGACUUGAUAAGACUCUUCGGGAGGGAAGUGGUGCGAACCUCUAGGACCGCCUUCAGGGGCUGCGCUCGGGCUCGCCGCUAUUGGCUGUUGUCUCCUCCUGGACCGCAAGGGACUGUGCUAAAUCCUUGGGUGCGCAUGGUUGGUACAACUGAUCAGUCGACUGGCAACUGGGAAUUCUCUCUGCAGUUUUCGGAGGAUUACAUUCGCGUGCAGCCCGCUUUCUUUGCAGCUGUGCACAGCCACGAUCCGCUGGCGCUGCGUCAGUUUUGCAGAGACCAACCGCUGCAUCCUGAUGGCUUGCUCGCGCUCGCUCAGUCUCUGGGGGUGGCAGGAAACCAUGAAAUGGCUCACGAGGUCGUUCGACAAGCGGUUCUGAGCUUGCAGGCUGCAUUUCACUAUGCUUUCUCUCCCUUUUUGCGAAAUGCGGACGGGACGCCUCAAGUGUCCGUCGAUUCUCUUAACCCGUUGAAUCGACAAUUAUUCGUGUGCCUACUGCUGUAUAUGCUUGGCCUCGGAGAUCAGGGAGGUCAUGGGAGUGCCCUAGAGAUCUGCAAAUUGCUGCUGUCGAUGGAUCUGUCCUAUGACCCUUGUCACGCCCUCCUGCAUCUCGAUCAUUUUGCUAUCCGCUCACGGAAGUAUGCCUUCCUCCAGCGAUUCUCGCAGGAAUUUGUCAAGCAGCACCUCACCUACGUCGUCUCGCUCACAGCGCGUGCAGCCACAGCUGUGCAAGCAGAUGGGAGUUGCAUGGCAAACACAAUGCAAGAGGAAAUUCAAGAACAAGGCACCCAAUGGGAGGUCUCGGAUUUGAGAUGCGCCCUCCCAAACUUUGCCUUUUCAGCUGCGCUUGCCAGCUUUAUGCACACGGAAAAACAUACUGCUGGGUCAUUAUACAGAAAGCCCUUCCCGGAUAUAUGGAAACCGUUAUUUGCAUCAUUGAUGUCGCGCUGUUUAAUCCUGACUGUUCUAGCAAAGGGAGGGGCCGGCAGUUCAUGGAGACCCUUUACUGCACUUGAACGUGCGCGUGAGGCGGCGUUCUGCUGCUUGUAUACGUGUGUGUCCAUGGCUAUGUAUGCCUACUUGCUCUUUACAGCCGAGAUUCAUGCGAUUAAGCACAUCGGCGUGAGGGAUAUUUGCGGCAUUUUGCGUGAUGAGAGAGAAUGCAUCGCAGAGCGGUCGGGGGCGGCGUCUGUGGUGGCGCACUGCCUGCUGAUGCAUGCGAUCCUUUUAUUCCCAGCAUUUGUCCGGCGCCUGCUACAGAAGCUGCAAAUCAAAGGCGAACAAACAAUCAACGACUCAAUCUACCCACAGGUUCCCUGGGAUGCGCUGAUCUUUUCGGCGCCUUUGUGGUCUAGUGAUUUUCCAUGCCACAAAACAGAGGACGCCGCGCAUGACUUGUUGAUACAAUGCUUCAUCGAGAGGAACCACGAACUCUGGCGUGGGGCGCCUGUCCUCCGCUGGCUGCAUUCUUGUGCUGCCCACUUGGCGUCCCUCUGCCGCAACGCCCCUAGCGCACACGCUUGGGGUUUUACAGAGCCAGCUGCAGCUUGUUUCCGGCAGCUGCUUUUGUUUCGUUAUCCAAUGGUACAGCAGACAGACGCAGACACACAGACAGAUUCUCCCUUCACACCUUUACACCAAUGGGGUGUCUGUUCUUCAGAUUAUGGUGCCCUUCGUGAGCACAAAGCCUUGUGGUCUAAGAGCGUCAUCCUAAUGGACUUGCGCCGCUACACGGAAGCGCGCAUUUCGGAGUUCACUAGACACCCAACGCUUCCAACGGCCUUGAUGGAUAUGGAGGGGCUGCGGAGGCAGACAGGGCGGCGGGAAGGAAGGCUGAGGCAGCACUUGUCCCUCCGUAGUACACCACUUCUCUUGUUUUUUCAGACGAUGCUGCCUUGGAACGAAUUGGAUCAUACAGGACUUCACGCCGAGCCAAUGUACCUUAGCAACGUAUUCUCCGGCCUGUGGAGUUUCUUCUCUUCUGUAUUUGCUGCUGGAGUAUCCGUACUGCGGCGUUUAGGCGCGCGUACAAUCGUGCGGGGUACUCCUACAGCAAUAACAGCGAGAGAUGUCACAUCCUAG